AUGCCUAACGUAGAGGCUGACAGAGAAGCUAAUGGUUCUGGCAGAAACGAGGAGAAGCCUACAGAGAAAUCUGAGAAAGACAGUCUGCAAACCAAUGUGAAGACCUACAAUGUGGGAAACUUGGGACCCGCUAAUGACCGUCAUCCUUGGGGAUGUCCAGUGACUCACACAAGAGAAAAGUUCUAUACCAUAUGUUCAGACUAUGCGUUCCUAAACCAAGCAACAUCUCUGUGCAAAACAUCCAGUUCUGCUAGCAGUACAAGUUCCCAAGAGAAACCCAGCUUUAACAACUCAUUGAAUUACAUAGAUCUGCCAGCUAGUGCUUCUGAUAGCAUAUAUAAUGAGGAUACCAGCUUGGACUCUUUAUCUAGUGAUGUUGGGACAUAUCCUCUUGCCUGGGAAAUUGACACAUCUGACUUUAACACAAUGACUACAAAGUUAAAACCUAAAACAGGCGUAGCUAAACAAACUCCAAAGAAGAAGCCUGACAGAAAAGUGAAGCCACUGAGGGAAUGCACACAACACUUCAUAGUGGAUGAGAUUAAACAACGUAAAGUUCUAGAUCUACGAAGAUGGUAUUGCAUCAGUCGGCCCCAGUAUAAGACGUCCUGUGGUAUUUCCUCUCUAGUAUCCUGCUGGAACUUUCUGUAUAGCACUCUGGGAUCAGGAAGCCUCCCGCCAAUCACUCAAGAAGAAGCUCUGCAUAUAUUGGGUUUCCAGCCACCUUUUGAAGAGAUUCGGUUUGGUCCUUUUACUGGAAAUACCACUUUGAUGAGAUGGUUCAGACAAAUAAAUGAUCAUUUUCAUGUGAAAGGGUGUUCGUAUGUUCUUUACAAACCUCAUGGAAAAAACAAGACUGCUGGAGAGUCUGCUGCUGGAGCUUUAUCAAAGUUAACUCAGGGCUUGAAAGAUGAUUGCAUGGCCUAUAUUUACCACUGCCAGAAUCAUUACUUUUGCCCUAUUGGAUUUGAAGCCACUCCAGUAAAGGCUUGUAAAGCAUACAGGGGUCAGCUGUUCCAACAUGAAGUAGAAUACUGGAUACUGAUAGGAGAGCCGAGCAGAAAACACCCAACAAUUCACUGUAAAAAAUGGACAGACAUUGUUACAGAUUUGAACACCCAAAAUCCAGAAUUCUUUGAUAUUCGGCACACUGAAAGGGGCCUACAAUACAGAAAAACUAAAAAGAGUGGAGGAAAUCUCCAUUGUAUCAUGGCUUUUCAAAGACUGAGCUGGCAAAGAUUUGGUCCGUGGACCUUGCAGCUUGGCAACCUGAGACCUGACCCCCAACCUCCAGCUCAAACGAGAAGAAUUCCUAAAUCCGAAAGUGAAGAUAACGUGACGAAGAAACCACAUGGACGCCUGGGAAGGUCAUUCAGUACUGGCUUUCAGCAGGAGCUUGCAUGGAAGAGGAUAUGUAACGUCAAUGAGAGACGAGGCAGUGGCUCCCCAGAAAGCGAUACAGAUGGCGAUGGAACAGACUGA